GUGUUUCCCAGACUGUCUUGUCUCUUUAAGACAGCCACACCGUGUAUGUGAUUAAUUCAGUGUGAUGCGAUGCUCUGACAGGAGCCCAUUUUCCCCUACAUGUAGCUUGCUGCUCUGGUAUUGUGUACACGGGGGGGAAAAUACACUUGGCACCAACGAAGAUUUCCUAUUAGACCACAAAACCCAGGACUAUAAAAGCUAAAAUCAUCGUUUUUCUUGAUGUGAAGAUGCUCUGAUAGCCUGAAGGACUUCUCAGCCGUUUUAACGUCUUAACGGUUUAAAAAAAAGAAAAAAAUCAAUUUAAACAAAGGGCACGCGCGUCUGCCGUUAUUUCCAACUGAACACUCGUCGCCUCAGAUCCACUGCGCGUGAUGUCGUCGGCAAAACACGGUCUCGAGGAGGCAGCAGGAAGGCAGCCCAUGACUCAGCCGCUGAACCAAAUGGCUCCUCCGCCAUACCUUGCGUCGCAGGACUCCAACAUGCCCCCACACCCUCCUCCGCCCGGCUGCGGCCCCCAGCCUAACUACCCCCCUCCCCCUCCCCCUCCCGGCUCUGAAGGGUAUUUACAUGAGUCUCAGUUCCCUUCUGGAAACCCUCCGCCUCAGGCGGCCCCUAACGGUUACACGGUCCAGACGCAUGGGCCCACCGGCUCGAUGCCUCAUCCUCCCGUGGGUUACCUGCAGCUCGGAUAUCCACUCCAACUGCAGCCCUGCACUGCUUAUGUACCUGUGUAUCCCAUCGGAACAGGGGGCCAGCCUUACAUGCCUAAUGGUACACCCCAUGCAGGUGUUGCGCCAGGGCAGGUGCCAAUGCAAAUGCCCCCUGGCGUUGCUCUAAUGGAGCCGCGGCGGCCCCCUCACGACUACCUGCCCAUCGCAGUGCUCACCACCAUCUGCUGCUUCUGGCCCACAGGCAUCAUCGCCAUCAUCAAAGCCGUGCAGGUACGUACAGCUGUCGCUCGGGGCGACAUGGUGUCGGCGGAGAUCGCGUCACGCGAGGCACGUAACUUCUCCUUCAUCAGCCUGGCAGUGGGCAUUGCCUCCAUCGUGCUCUGCACCAUCCUGACGGUGGUGGUGAUCAUCGCCUCGCAGCACCACGACGAAGACUGGGAGCCGUAGACCCGUCCCAAAAGCCGCACCACACUACGGACUGAAGGCGGUACAGCCAGUAUUCUGCUCAUCACCCAGCACACUCACUACAACAGUCAAGGAUAAAACCUAAAGCGUUAUAUAAUCGUUUCCAGUGUUAGCCAACCGGCCCAGAUUUACAUCUUUAAUUAAUCUCUAAUUGGACCUGGGACCGAAUCACACCCAUGGUUUCAUCUGCAGAAAAGCUCCGCUAAUCAGUUCAGUAAUCUACAAACAACAAACAAGCCGACAUUGUUCCAUAUAGGUUAUGCACUGUGUUUGUUUUCGGUCCAUUCUGUCAUUGAUUUGUGCCAUUCAUCUGUUUAGGUUCAGUGUUGUACAGUAGAAGUGAGGUAUUUCCUGGCACUGACGAACACGAUCACGCAGCCCGAUCUGCUAUUAUUUACUCGUAUUGUAAUAUAAAAGUGUUAGGUAGCUGAGCAGAAGCGAUAAUCAUUCUUUACUCGGUUGAAUAACAAUAGAGUAGACUUUUACUACAGUCGGUGUGGAGAAAAAAAAAAAGAAGUACAUGUUUAAUAAGGCGAAUAUUGGUCUUUGCUGACAGAGAAACUAUUCUGUUUCCAAACACUCGGUGGAAUGUUAUGACGACGAAAAAUAUUCUUCGCCGCUCAAAUAAAGUGUUACUGCCUCAUGGUAAAGGAUAUAGGAAGGAUAUAUAAUUAUUGUGUGGCAGUGUUAUGUUAUGUAUUAUGCAUUAUUUAUAACUUAUUUGUUUGUGUAUUCAUUUAAGUAUUUAUUACUAUUAUUAUUAUUAUUAUUAUUAUCAUGAUCAUUAUUAUAUAUUUAUUAUUAUAUUCAGCCAUAGCUCUAGUGUUGAACUGAAUUAUUUUUAUGGUUUGAUAAUUACGUAUGAUCAUUACAGAUCGCACAACGUCACAGUGCGGCGUAUUUUUAGCUAAGCAUGUUGCGACGCACUUUUCAUGCACUGUGAGGGUGUAAAUGCUGCUGCCUUCCUUCUGGGUUCGGUAUAAAGAGUGAACGGGAUUUAAGGGUGAAUUAAAAAGAGAAAGAAGGAAAAAAAAAAAACAA